UAGAACGCCGCUUUCUUCAUCCAGCAAUUGCCCAUUCUCCGUCCACACUUCCUCGCUAGAGUUCCCGCCGGCACUGUACUUUCACAGAUUGUGAUGGAAGCGUCGCCGUUCUCUAUUGCUGUUUCUUCUUCUUCUUCUUCUCAGUUUGUAUUUCGAUCACUUUCAUCGUUGUCCCAUUCCAGCUCUCUCAUUUGUCUUCGCAAUAAUCGUUACAAAACUCAUAAUCUCAAAGUCAAAUCCUCCGGUAAGUUCGCAGUUCGUGCCUCAUUUGGUAGUGACUCAGUUGUAACUUUGCUGGAUUACGGUGCUGGUAAUGUUCGUAGUGUGAGGAAUGCAAUUCGUUACCUUGGCUUUGAAAUCAAAGAUGUACAAACUCCAGAAGACAUUCUAAAUGCAAAACGGUUAAUAUUUCCUGGAGUUGGGGCUUUUGCUCCGGCCAUGGAUGUGCUAAACAGUAAAGGCAUGGCUGAAGCACUGUGCACUUAUAUUGAGAAUGAUCGCCCAUUUUUAGGCAUUUGUCUUGGGCUUCAACUACUCUUUGAGUCAAGUGAGGAAAAUGGACCAGUAAAAGGUCUUGGCUUAAUACCGGGUGUGGUUGGGCGUUUUGACUCUUCCAAUGGUUUUAGGGUACCCCAUAUUGGGUGGAAUGCUUUGGAAAUCUCAGAAGACUCUGAGAUAUUGGAUGAAAUUUCUAACCGCCAUGUCUAUUUUGUUCACUCUUACCGUGCUAUGCCAUCAGAUAAGAACAAGGACUGGAUUUCUUCUACUUGCAGCUAUGGUGACAAAUUUAUAGCUUCAGUUAGAAGGGGAAACGUUCAUGCAGUUCAAUUCCACCCAGAAAAAAGUGGAGAUGUAGGUCUGUCUGUCCUAAGAAGAUUCUUGUUUCCAAAGUCAACCAUCACCAAGAAACCUACUGAGGGAAAGGCAUCAAGGCUUGCAAAAAGGGUAAUUGCUUGUCUUGAUGUGCGAGCAAAUGACCAAGGGGAUCUUGUUGUUACCAAAGGGGACCAAUAUGAUGUGAGGGAGCAGACAGAAGAGAAUGAGGUGAGGAACCUUGGCAAGCCAGUGGAGCUUGCUGGACAGUACUACAAGGAUGGUGCUGAUGAGGUCAGUUUUUUGAAUAUAACUGGUUUUCGUGACUUCCCUCUUGGCGACUUGCCAAUGUUGCAGGUGCUGAGAUACACAUCAGAAAAUGUUUUUGUGCCAUUGACUGUUGGGGGUGGGAUUAGAGAUUUUAAGGAUGCAAAUGGCAGACACUAUUCUAGCUUGGAAGUUGCUUCAGAAUAUUUUAGAUCUGGAGCUGAUAAAAUAUCUAUUGGAAGUGAUGCAGUUUAUGCUGCCGAAGAAUAUUUAAGGACUGGUGUAAAGACAGGAAAUAGCAGCUUGGAGCAGAUUUCUAAGGUUUAUGGAAACCAGGCUGUUGUAGUAAGUAUUGAUCCUCGUAGAGUGUACCUUAAAAGUUCCAAUGACGUGGAGUUUAAAGUCAUACGAGUAACAAACCCAGGUCCGAAUGGAGAGGAGUAUGCAUGGUACCAGUGUACAGUUAAUGGAGGUCGAGAAGGUCGACCUAUUGGAGCUUAUGAGCUAGCAAAAGCAGUGGAGGAGCUUGGAGCUGGAGAAAUUCUGCUGAACUGCAUAGAUUGUGAUGUGGAAUUUCUCACCGUUUGGUUUUGACUACCGGGAUCAUUAUUAGACAAGGCUAAUCGCUUCUUUGCACUUUUUACGAAUGGUGUGGAUCUCUCUUUCGGAUGGCUAUGUGAUUUUAAACCAGUAUCCACUUUUGGUUUGACGUCUUCAAAUGGCCUCUCAGGUGCCAGUUUGUGCUUGAGCUUUUGAACCUGUGCACUGGACAUUUCUACAGUGCCAGCUGACUUAGUGGAGGAUGAUGAACCACAUCCAUCAGAGCGAGGCAGCAGUUUUUUGGCUUGAGAGGUUUGAUUGGUCAGUUACUAAGUUUGUCUUCUUGCCAGUAGUUUUUAAAUGAGACUUAGUGUUACUUUUGCCCUCAGAUGAUCCAUUCUCACGAAUUAUCACUCCAUCUCUCAGAUUGAUAUCAAGAAAGGGGAUUUCCCACGGAUGAACAGCCAUCCAUCUUUCCAACCAGUUCCAACCCCAGCUGCUUUUAUCUGGUUCAAACUGAGAGAGGGCAGCCUGCUGUCUCAAUCCUGCUUGCCACUAAUGAGCCAGAGCAUAUGCCAUGGCUCUCUCACGCUUAGCUGCAGCCUCCUGCCUUUUCAAUAAUUUUGCUUGAAUGUCUUCAACAGAUCAGACACUGUCGCACCAACCUUCUUCAAUUUCUAGAACUCAAGCCUGGUUUUCAAGUUGCUGUUGAAGUUUUUGUUGUGCAGUUUCACUUUCCAAUGCAACAUGUACAUGCCUUGCUCGAACACUAGCCUGUACUCUCACUAAAGCUUGCAUACACCAUAAAGUUAUAGCAGCUUGUUUUCUGACAGCAUGACCCCUGACAAGAGCUUGAAGUCUAACCAAUCCUUUGCGAGCUCGGAGAGCUCUUCUAGCCAGAAAUCCUCGAAACAUUGUUUGGAUGUGUAUAGCAGCCUGUUCCUCUGUAUCAAUCUGUUGACUAUGUAAUGCAUCAUAAGUUUGAAUGGAUCAGAAGGAAUGGAAGCAGCUUCUGGCUCUGAAAGAGCAUUGGACUCAACAAAUGGGGUAAAAUUUGAAGUAAACUCAUGCUGAAGUUUAUCAGCAUCAAUAUCCACUGAGUGUUUUCUCCGAUUCCAAAACUUGUUCGUGACUGUCCUCGCAUUUUCAUCAUGUUCUGAUGACUGAGAUUUUUCGGACUUCUUUGAACCAACUAACGCUUGAGCCAUUUUCCAGAAACACCCAUGGUGUAUUCAGCAGUGUUGAGAACAGACCAACAGCUAGAAACUCAAGCCAACAAUUUAGAAUCGCCCGCCUUUCGACUACAAAAUUGAAUAAGUUUUCCACGCAGUUAAUUGAGAUCAUUUUAGUUGAACUGCGAUUUUGAACUCUCCUGAUUUGUUGCAACCUUAACAGCCGUUUGAUCCAUCAAUAAGUCAAAAUUAGUCAACCCCAACUCAAUUCAAUCAUUUGGGUCACCAAAAAAUUUCAAUACGGUUGAAGAUUUCUCUCAGUAGACUCAAUCUAUCGACCACCCAUCAUCUGUUUCAGCAAAAACGAGGUCCAUCAUCUUUAACCUGAUAAACAGAAAUGAGCCAUUUCAUGCUCCAUUUUAUCUAAAUCAAGAUUCCUCUUUUAUUUUGUUGCUGCCUUUUGGAUGAAGUUGUUAGACCCUUUUGCGAAAGAUAGACUCUCCUUUCUUCUUA